UAUAUUUAUUUAAUUUUAAACAUGUCUGGGAGACAAAUAUUAAAUCGUGAGUUAUAAAGUUUAUGUAUAUAUAUUAUUACUUACAUAUAUGUCUGUGAUUCCAUGUAUGUACAGAAUCUUCAUAUACUGCAUGUGGUAUUAAACCAAAAUUUCAAAUAUCUAAUAUACAAAAAGUUUGUAUAGAUAAUAUAUACAAAAAUGUUGUGCCUACAUAUAAAAGUAAAAUAAAAUACUUAAAACAUAGCUUGAAGAAACAAUGUAACAGUGAAAAGGAGAAUUGGAUUGCAGAAUUUAAGCAAGUUAAUAUAUCAAAUAGUGAUUUAGAAUAAUAAUUAAAAAUCAAUAUUUUUAUGCACUAUGUUGUUAUUGAGAAGUGAUUGCAAAUACAUAUAAUUGCUGUUAUAUUUGAUACUUGUAGGAUAAUGGCUGGGCAUUAUAAGUCAACCAAAGUUGAAUACUGUAAUAGUUUUAAAUGUCAUCGACCAAUUAUACCAUUUUUAGUAUCAGAAACACAAAAUAUAAAUAUUCCUGUACGAUUUAAUCAUACUAUUUUAAGUGAUAUAGUAACAAAUGCACAAAAACAUUCUCAAUUAAGAUGUUAUACAUUUUCACCUAAAUUGAAGCCAAUUAGAAAUAUAGGAACUCAAACAGAUUAUAGAGACAGUGAAUCACAAACUGUUCCUUGGGAACCACCAUAUAAAAUUAAAUCAGGCUAUUAUCCUGAAGCUUUAUCAAUAGCACAUUUAACUUGGAAUCAUGGAUUACAAAUCGGAAAUCACGAUUUAGAAAUCAUUAAUAGAAUGAGAAAAAAAAAAGCAUUGGAAACUGUUCUUCCUCCUAUGGAUACAUCAACAAAUAUAAAAAAACGUACAGCUAUGCUAAAUGCGUUAGAAAUAGACGAAUGGACAUAUAGAGAAUCAGAAAUUCAAGCAAUAAUAGAUUAUAGACUUGAAUUAAUGAGUGAAAUAUCCAAAUCACGAGAAUAUGAAAAAGAAAAAAAAAUUCAAGAUCGUUUAGAUAGAUUGACAAAUCUUUUAUUUGUGCGUAAAAAUAAAGAAAUAAAUUCUAUUAAACAUAAGCUUAGAAGAGAAUUGAGAAAACUAUAUAAAAAACAACAACAAAAAUCAGAACCGUUUAAACGUGAUAUUAUCAAAGAACAUUCUAAUCCCUCUUCUGAAUUAUAUGCCCCACAAAUGCGUUAUGGUGAACAUCCUAAAAGAACACAUGAAGUAAUAGAAAAAGAAUCGUUAGGAGAAACCUGUAUUGAAAAUGUAAUUGAAAUAAAUACAUUGCCAAGUUGGCUUCCAACAUAUGAAGAACUAAGUGCAAUAGAACCAAGACCUAAAUCAGCUGAUCUGUGUAUUAGAGCAACAAGAUGGACAAAAGAAAAGCUAAGUCAAUUACACAGUGAUCUGAAGGCAAACAGAUUAAACACUAAGACAAUAGAAACACCAUUAUUAUUAAAGCGCAAGUAUAAAUUACCAUCUCCACCUUCAACACCAUAUAAAACCAGCACAGAAAAUAUAAAUGCACGUCUGCAUCAAUUGUUCAUGUUUAUUCAAAAAAUAAUUAGAGGAAGAGCUAUUCAGUGCAUGAUGUUUGAAGGUCGCAAUAGAUGUAGAGAAUUAAUUGAAGAAUUACAAUCAUCUCAUGGAUUAGAAGAACAUAGCAAAAAACAACAUCAAAAAGAAAAAGCACAUACAUUAGAAUUACAACAUUUACAAAGUGAAAAAUCUAUGCAAGAAGAUCAUUUAUGUGAAAUUCUCAAUUCUUUAGAAGGAAUGACUAUAUCAGGAAUGCUAGAUUUUCUUAGCAAAGAAUUAAUAAGACUAGAGGAUGAACGCCGAAUACAUGCUUUUACAUUAUUAGCUGAAAGAGAAAGAGCUAUGAGAGAAGCUGCAGAAGCUGGAAGACGUCAACUAGAAUAUAAUCGUCGUAGGGAAUUUGACGAAAUGUUUAGGCAAACCAUAAAAAUUAAUCAAGAAUCUGUGGAAAGCUAUUUAGAAGAUAUAAUAAAAGAAGGCAUUGAAUGGAUAUCUGAUGAAACAACUAAAGCAUGUAUUUCAAAACUGUGCGAUAAAAUAGAUGAUAUAUCAAAAGCUGCACAAAAAAAUGCAACAAAAUUAGCAGAAGAGGAAAUGGUUGCCAAUAUGAUUUAUAAUUUUGUAUUACCAGAAGUGGAAAGAACUACUGUACAAAAAAAUAUAAGAAAAAAACAACAAACUUAUUUACAAAAUGCACAUGCUGUAAUUUAUAAAGAAAUAUUGAACUUACCAGUUAUUGAAAAUAAAAAUGUAUCGAUUACAAGAUGUAGAAAAAAAGAUAACAAAAAGAUUGAAAUACAAAAUUAAAUAUUUUAAAAAAUU